UGUUAAGAGCAGGCGCGGUGGGGAAUGGCAAAUGUGACGCCGAAGAAAAUGCAAGGACAGGGAAAUUCUCUGGCGACAAAACCAGAGAGGUCAUUUGGGCACUGAAGGGAGCCUGCAUUGGAAACCCAGGUGAUCAGGUACCAAAAAGAAGUGGACUUGCACAAGCAGCCAAACACAUCCUUGUCAUUAACAGACCUUUGAAACUGAGUAAAAUGUCUUUGAAACGCCAGUGGAAUAUGAUAAAAGUGCCCGAGGAAGGAUUACAGGACAACCAGUACAGUUCAAAUGACCAAAUUGCCCUUAAAAACCUUCAAUCUGAUGUUACUGAGAAGAAAUCUGACUUCACCGAGGAGACUCUGGCAUCGCGAAACACAAAAAUGAUUUCAUCCGUGGUCAUUUCACAGCUGAUUGAUGAGAAUAAAUCAAAGGCAAACCGGGCCGCGCUGCCCGCGCCCUGCGCGCCCGCUCUGCACACACAUCCCGCCAAGCCGCCUCGGGCAAACCGCAGCGGGGUCUCCAUCAGCCGGGCGUUCACCUCCCUCCCUGACAGGCUGGGCACCCAGACACCCGCAGAGGGGCCAGGACCUGACACGGAGCUGCGGUCCAGUGAGGAGAAGCCAUGCAGUGGCUCCCAAAGGGGCUUUGCGUCCAUCACCAUCACGGCCAGGCGCGUGGGCCCCCCAGCCAUCGCCCUGGCAUGGGAGGCCAUGGGGGACCCUGUGUGCACCAGGUGCACAGCCCAGGGUGCUCUGCUCAGGGACCCCUGGGCUCUGGCCAGGGUUACCAAUCCCUGUAGGCACCAUGGACCAUUCGCCUGCGCAGAGGUCUCCAGAAACUUCUCUGUGGUGAGGCAGCAGCAUCCGGAGACCCACUCCCAGCUGUGCGAGGGUCACCAGUGCUGGGUCACCAGUGCGGACUGCAGAGAGAACAGUUUUCCCCCAGGGGCCCCGCGGUCCGGCAAGAGGCCGCUGGUGUUCAGCUCCUGCGUCCAUCUCAGGGUGUCUCAGCAGUGUCCAAAUUCCGUUUACUAUCUAGACCGGUCCCUCUCCGUCCCCAUCGAGCAGCCUCAACUUGCCGGCCCUAAAAUGCACAGGUCGGUCCUGUCACUGCACCUAAAUUGCAGUUCGCACAGAUUGACACCAGAUGGAGUAGAUAGCACGGCGAACGGAGGGCCAAGGAGCAGAGCCUCGAAGCCGGAGCUCACCCAGGGAAACCAGAACCCCCUGGGCCCCCGCUGGAGCCCAGGUUUGCACUACGGUCUCUUGAAGGAAAACCCACCGCUGGAGCAGGUACGUUUGGGGCCCAGCACCUGUCCUUGGAGUGGCUCGCCUCUGUUGGAAGAUGCCGAGUUCUCGGAUGUGGGAGCCAACCAGGUCACUGUAAGAAAAGGGAAAGAGGACUACGCAGCGCCACCCGCCGACCAGCUGUCCAUUCACAUUCCUGGCUGGAGUUACAGAGCAGUAGAAACAAACGUAUUUUCUGGAAGCAGCAAGAAGCAACAAGAAGAAGCACGCACGAACUUGUCUGCUCCCCCGGUGGAACAGAAGCUGGUUAAAGAUUUCCUUCCCGAGGGGUGUAGCUCUCCAAGCAACACCUGUCAAUCUAACAACUUCCCUGAGCCCUCAGAGAGUCGGCAGCAAAGCUUUCCGAAAUCCAGAAUCCUUUUACCUGGAUUUUUUUGCCCCUUACAAGAUUUGUGCACCUCUCCACAGGAAGACAAUGAUGUUCAGGUAGAAAGAGAGUUUCCCAAAGGAGAUUACAAGUGCUGUGACUUGGUGGUAAAAAUAGAGGAAUGCAGGAAGAGGGAGAAGCCUGAGCCAGCUCCCCCCGAGCCAGCGCCCCCAGAGCAACCAGAGACCCCUGACCUGUCAGAAGACUGUUCUGAGUAUCAGGAAACACCUGCAGUUUCCUUGAGCUUGCAGGAAGCGCUGGAGGUCCGUAAACCCCAGUUUAUUUCUCGCUCCCAAGAACGGCUCAAGAAGUUGGAACACAUGAUGCAGCAGAGAAAAGCCCAGCGGAAGGAGAACCUAGGGCAGAAGCAGAGCCUGUUUCCUGUCCGCGCCAACAAGAAGCAGUUCACAGUUCCCCACCCUCUUAGCGAUAACUUGUUCAAACCCAAAGAAAGGUACAUUUCAGAGAAGGAGAUGCACAUGCGAUCUAAAAGAAUCUAUAAUAACUUGCCGGAAGUUAAAAGGAAAAAAGAAGAACAAAAGAAAAGAGUGAUCUUACAGAGCAACAGGCUCCGUGCUGAAGUCUUCAAAAAGCAAUUACUGGACCAGCUCCUUCAAAGGAACGCAGUCUAAACACACAGGCCGCCUGCCAACCCCCUACCUGGACCCGGGAUGGCUUCAAACGCUGGGUCAACCAUUAAAUGUAGCAUCAUCUUCGUGAUACGAAACACUUAUUUUAUUUUUGCUUUUUUUUUUUUUU